AUGGAGAAUAUUGCUCUUUCGGAUUCAAAUGAUGAUUUAGCCGAUGAAAUUAUCGGCGUUAAUAAUCUAUCUCGAGGACCACCGAGAACGUUAGCCGAACAACAUGUUACAUCUGAAUUACAAGAUGCAGCUAACACCGAUGUAAUUAAAGCUCCAUUUAUAAGUUCUGCUAAUACUCCAUUUAAACCACUUUUUCCAGCACCAAAUAGUUCAACACAAAUGUUAUCAAGUGGUUCACCAUUAUUAUUUCAACAGAGAACAAAUAAUAUUCCAACAUUAAAUCCACUUCUUCAACCAGCAUCAUCAACAUCACAUUUACCAUCACCAUUAAUUCAACCUUUAAUUCGUCCACCAUCAAUUCCAAGCCCAUUUCAAUCACCACCAUCGGCAUUCACACCAUUAAAUCCUGCUAAUACUCAACAAUUUUCAUCAUCAUUAAUUCAACCUAAAUUAACACUUGGAAAUCAACAAAUACAAUCUGUUCCAUUUCCAAUGUCAACAACACAAGGUAUAGAAACAACAAAUAUUCCACCGCCUAUGAUGAUGCCACGACCACCUUCAACACAAGAUAUUCCAACCACGCAACAUACCUCACAAUUUGUUCCUCCUCCUCCGGUUCCUUCAACUUCUUCUACAAUAAUGAACGAUCCAAAUCAUACACUACCUCCACCUCCUCAACAAACUGGCACUUCAGCACAGGUAAAUCCUUAUUCUGCUCGUGCUUCAUUAACAGAACGUAUUUAUCCAAGUAUGCCAACAUCACAAGCUCCACUUCAACCACAACAAUUACUUCCGCCAGUUAGUUUUCAACAACAACAACAACAACAAGCUGUACCACUAACAACUAGCAAUAUAUUUGUUCCACCACCAACUGUUCCUAGUACAACGGCACCAAAUGUUUUUUCAGGAACUGAUACAAAUAUUUACAAUCCAUCUUAUCAACCACCAGGUGAACCUAAUCCAACGCCAUGGACAAAUUAUCCAACAACAACAUAUGAUCAACAAAAUGAUUUAUCUACAAAUCCUAGUGGUAUUUGGGGUUGGUUUAGUAAUAAUAAAGUGUUGGCUACUGUUGUUGAAAAAGCUAAAACCGGUAUUGAAACAGUUAUAACAACAGUUGAUCCUCAAAUGAAACAAUAUAUUCAACCAGGACAUGAAAUUAAUAUAGUAGUUACAUCAGCUAAAGAUGUUAAACUCACACCUGUACGUGAUGCAUUUACACAUGUAUUUGGUCGAGUAUCAACUCAAGGCAUUGGUGUUCAAUCAAAUGUCGCUCCUCAACCAGUCGGUUUUGAAGCUGGUUUUAAAGGUUUUUUC